CCACCCAGCUCCUGCCGCGGCCUGAGGCGAGGCCGCUGGAGGAGGCGGCGGCAGGUCCCGCCCGGGCUGUGCAGCGCUGGGCUCCUCCCCCUGGCUUCUCUCCGGCGGCGGCGGCGGCAGCAGCAGGCGCCUCAGCCGCUGCCCCACACGCCGACGCCGGCGCCGGGCGGCCGUUCCGCAGCCGGGAGCCAGGUGCUGUGACAAUGGAGUUGAGCUGCACUGAAGUACCUCUUUAUGGACAGAUGACUGUGUAUGCAAAUUUUGAUAAAGAUAUUUACCUCCCAGAAGAUGCUGAAUUUUACUUAGUUUACAAUGGAUCCACUCAGAGACAUAUAAUGUUUGCAGAACGACUUAGUAAUAACGUGCUUCAGUCCAUGAUUCCAGGCCAUGGAUACCAAGAAGCAGUUUUGGUCUCUGUGUUCAUGUACACAGAAGGAUAUUCGCCUGUGAUCUUGGGCAGCUGUUCUGUUACUUACAGAGAGAAUCUGCCUUGCAAGUUGUCACGUUUUCUGGUUAGCCAUGUUGACUGUAUCACUUCUGUUAGUCACCAGACACUACUUAAUACUUUUGGACUAACAGUGGAAGAUUUUCAGUCACUGGAUCAUGAUAUGACAUUGGCUAUAGCACAUGAAGAGUUACCAAAUAAUUGGAACAUCGUUGGAAACUGUUCAAAAGAUGAGCCUAAUCACAAAGAAACACUUCUUCAUCUCUCUGUGAGACUGGGCUUGGUGAAACUUUCCCAGUUCCUGUUAGCACAGCCUAGUGGGACACUGGCAUUAACCUUACCUGGUGAAGAUGGAGCAACACCAUUAGAUUUGGCUUUACAGGAUGGACAUGCCAGACUUGUUGAAACCUUCACAAAUUUCCAGGGCAGUCAUUCAUUUGACAUUUCUAGAGCUGAGAUCAGUGAAUGUGCUUUCCUGCGAUUUGUCCAUUCAUCAGGAACUCUGACAUUGACAUUUAAACACACUGCAGAACAUUUACUGGAGUCUGAUAUUAAGCUCUUCAGAAAGUACUUCUGGGAUAGGACCUUUCUUUAUAAGAGUCUUAAUUCAAAACAAAUUGGGACAGUGGAAGCAUCGCACAUGCCCUGCAAUACAACAGGUUCUGCAGAAGAUCCUGUGAACUUGACAUCUGAUGAAUCAUCAACUGAGGAUGUGAAGCCUUUCAGCGAUUUGGUGGUUCCUUCUAGGGGAAAUGAAGACCAGGACUUACUGGGCAUAGGACAACGACAUAUUAGACACGAUGUCCUCAAGAGAUCCACAGUUCCACCUUUCUUUGCUGCAGCAAGACUUUCUGCCAUGCUGAGUGGAAGUGAUGAGGUGUAUGCAAACUGCAUGGUUGUAGAUCAAGCUGAAGAUUUGGAUAUUAAUUAUAUUACUGUAGACAGUUUCACCAGUGAAACAAAUACAGAUCCUACCAACUCAGCCCGUAUGUCUCAGAAUCCUUUAUGUACCUCACUGAAGGAAAGCAACCAAUAUAUUUAUGCAGAAAAUGAGGAUAACCAAAUGACCCAAGGCCCAGGGCCUGUCAUUUCAUCUUCUAACUUGUGCACAACGGGUUCAUAUAUGCCACUCAAGUCCCAUGGAUUUAAUAAAGAACGAAGUCAACUUUAUGCUGAUGUGAAGAAAAGAAGUUCUAGUCUUGAUGACCUUGAAGUGGACAGCAGAGGUGAAGUGGUUUCUGAAAGAGCCCACAUUCACUCUCCUUCCGUCAACUCUUCAAUAACUUUGGCUAAUAGCAGAGAUGAAUUAGAUUCUUCUGAGACAAGUACUAAUCUGGAUUUUCAUGUUAAUCGGAUGGAAUCUCUUUCAUCAUCUAAGAAUCUGCACCCCAAGGAAUCUUUACUUUCAGGAAUUCGAUCACGUUCCUACUCCUGUUCCUCACCCAAAGUUUUUCUGGGGAAAUCCCGCUUUGCACGGGACUUCACAGUUUGUGAUUCAAAUGAAGAUGGCGUGGUCAUGAACAGUGGUCGAUCCUUUCUCCAGGCUCUUUCGCUGUCUAAAUCAGUGUCUCUGCUCCAUCCCUGUAAGCAACGAGCAUACAGCUUGCCAGAACAGUCAAGGGAAAAAAGGAUGCAGGAGGAAGAAUGGGAUAAGUAUAUUAUGCCUACAAAAUCAGAGUCUGAAAAAUAUAAAGUGAGUCGUACUUUCAGCUUCCUGAUGAACAGGAUGACGAGUACAAGGAAUAAGUGCAAGACAAAAAAUAAGGAUGCCAAAGACAAAGAGAAACUGAACAGACAUCAUUUUGUAAAUGGAAACUUCCCAGGGGUCAUCCCUUGUACAGUAUGCGACAAGGCCGUCUUAGGGAAGGAGUCAUUGCAGUGCUCAAAUUGCAAUGUGGUUGUGCAUAAAAACUGCAAGGAUUCUGCUACUGUAUGCGCCAAAAAAGUCCAAGAGAGAUACCUUGUUAAGAACAGACCGCAAACAGUUGUAACAAAUCCAUCAUUCAGAGACAUCCCGCAGCCUGUGCUGUCCUCAAUUCAUCCAUCUUCUUCACUGCCCAUUGGACUGUGUGCCACAAAGAAAGAAGUCUUGCAGCAAUCUCAUUCUUUAUCCAAAAGUGUUCCAAGUACCAGCUUUGAAAGAAGAUCUUUGCCAUCUUCAGAGCAAGAUGCUGAUACCUGGAGGUCCAGGUCACAAUCUGAGGAGAUGUUACAAGCUAUAGGAACCCUUCCAUCAAUGGAGUCUUUUGUAAUUGAAGAUGAUGUGGAUGCCAUGCUGUGGACUGACCUAAGCACAGAUACACAGGAGUUUGAGGCCGAAUCUUGGAGUCUUGUUGUGGAUCCAGCAUUUUGUAGCAAGCAAGAGAAGAAUGUUAUCAAAAGACAGGAUGUAAUUUUUGAGCUGAUGCAAACAGAAGUGCAUCACAUCCAUACCCUGUUCAUUAUGUCUGAAAUAUUCAGGAAAGGAAUGAAGGAAGAAUUACAACUAGACCACAGCACAGUGGACAAAAUAUUCCCCUGUUUAGAUGAACUGCUAGAGAUUCACAGGCAAUUCUUCUGCAGAAUGAAGGAAAGAAGACAGGAAUCAUGUGAAGAGGAGAAUGAAAGAAAUUUUAUCAUCAACAGAAUUGGAGACCUCCUUGUGGAGCAGUUUUCAGAGGAAAAUGCAAAUAAAAUGAAGAAAAUAUAUGGAGAAUUUUGUAGUCAUCAGAAAGAAGCUGUUAAUCUUUUCAAGGAGUUGCAACAAAACAAGAAGUUCCAGAAUUUUAUUAAACUGAGAAAUAGCAAUCUAUUGGCCCGACGUCGAGGAAUCCCAGAAUGCAUUCUGCUUGUCACUCAACGCAUCACUAAGUAUCCAGUUCUUGUAGAAAGGAUACUGCAGUAUUCAAGAGAAGGAACAGAAGAACAUAAGGACUUAUGCAAAGCUCUUUGUCUUAUUAAAGACGUGAUUGCAGCAGUAGACUUGAAAGUCAGUGAAUAUGAAAGAAAGCAAAAAUGGAUUGAGAUUCUCAGUAAAAUUGAAAAUAAAACUUAUACCAAGCUGAAAAAUGGCCAUGUGUUCAGGAAGCAGGACCUGAUAAAGGAAGAAAGAACCCUUUUGCAUGAAGGCAUGGUGUACUGGAAAACUGCUACUGGACGUUUCAAAGAUAUCUUGGCACUACUUCUAACUGAUGUGCUACUGUUCUUACAAGAAAAAGAUCAAAAAUAUAUCCUUGCAGCUGUUGACCAGAAGCCUUCAGUUAUAUCCCUUCAGAAGCUGAUAGUAAGAGAAGUAGCCAAUGAAGAAAGAGGAAUGUUUCUCAUUUGUGCUUCAUCUGCAGGCCCUGAGAUGUAUGAAAUUCAUACAAAUUCCAAAGAGGAACGUAAUAAUUGGAUGAGGAAGAUUCAAGAUGCAGUCGAAAGUUGCCCAGAGGAAGAAGGAAAAAGUAGUGAACCUGAUGAGGACAGACGGAUAGCUGAGGCCAAAGUGGCAAAAAUUCAGAAAUGUCAAGAAUCUCUGAAUAACCAGGACCAGCAGAUCUGUAACUACUUGGAAGAUAAGCUUCAUAUCUAUGCAGAGCUUGGAGGUAUGUGUGGAUUUGAGGAUGUUCAUGUAGAGCCACACCUCCUUAUCAAACCUGACUCUGGAGAAACACCACAGUCUGCCACAUUGCUGGCAACAGCACUCAGGGAAGUGGAAAGCCUCCAUGUUGCUGUAGCAUCCUCACAACUGAAUGAAACAAACAUGUCACCAGAGGAAAGUGCUGGAGAAUGUAGCCUGAAACACACACUUGGCACCAACGAUAUCUUUGGAUCAUCUACCAGUUUUACAGAAAUACAAGGAGAUGAGGACUGUAGUGACGUUAAUCCCAAUUUUGAGCACAUUGUAAAUGAAGAGACAGAAGUUGGGAUGGGGGAGAAGACAGAAUGCACGGUUUUCCCACGUUCUACACAGACAGAGAUUGUACAAGCAAUCCAGAAUUUAACCCGUCUCUUGUACAGCAUCCAGGCAGCCCUAACCAUCCAGGACAGUCACAUUGUGAUCCAUAAGAUACUUUUGCAGGAGCAUGAAAGAACCAGCCGUGGUCACAGCUCUCGUGUAAACCUACUCCUGGAACAGGAAAAGCACCGGAAUUUGGAAAAACAAAAGGAGGAACUAGUAAAUAUACACAAGCUUCAGCACCAGUUUCGACAAGAGCAACAGCGCUGGUAUCGGGAGUGUGACCAGCGGCAACGGGAGCAGGAGAUGAGAGAGAGUUGGCUACAGGAGAGAGAGGAAGAGUGCCUAUGUCAGGAAGAGCUUCUGCAGAGGACCCGGGGAGAGCUGGAUCUGCAGCUACAGGAGUACCAGCAGAACCUGGAAAGGCUUAGAGAGGGCCAAAGAAUGGUGGAAAUGGAAAGAGACAGGGUGAAGAUGCAGCAAAAGAUACUGUGGCAUUGGAAACAUAGCUGCCAGAGUGGUCUUCCUGUAGUGGUGUCAUCCUCAGGGAACCAACAGAUAGUAGUCCACAAUCAAUCGGACAGCUUAUGUGGUGAAAACACAUUCAUCAUAAAUGAAGCUUUAGUACGGAUGUCACUAAAGAGUCUCAACCGUUCAAAUCCAUCUGUAGUUUACCAGGAUGGUGUGUAUGGGAUAAAUAUUUCAAAUUCAGCUAUAACAAGGACUAGUGAAAAUCAGGUUAACCUCAAGAUGGACAUUUCUUGUCAAUCAGCAGUCACCAAUGAACUUUGGAAAUCCACAAGUUCCUACCAACAGAUACCCUCCUCCUGUAAAAUCAACAAGGAUGCAUUUAAUAAUGAUUUAAAUGCAGCAGAGAGCCAAUACCCAACACCAUACAGUGCGAAUCGCGGAACCGUCCAACCACAGCAGCUUGCAGAUGCAUUCCUGCUGAGCCCACGGCCUGACAGGGUACAGGAUGCAGAAAAUGGAGACAGAGUUGAAGAAAAUAUUGUUUACCUCUGAUUGCUCCUCUAAUACCCAUAGCACUUUGCAUAAUAUUGUGUUUUGCUUUUCUAAAUGUUUGUAGUCACUCCUUGUAUGAGCAAAUGGCUUUAAGGGAUGGUAUUUAAUAUUCAGUGCAAGAUUUUCUCAAGGUAAAUAUAACAAUUAAGUUAUUUUUUAAAGCAUUUAAUCUUUAAUUUAUGACACAUGGUUCCAAAUGCUUCACAAGAAUCAACAUGAAGGGCAACUUCAAAAGGUUUGGACAUAUAAAGAUGCUCCAAUAAGAUUGCAGAUGGGAAUUGUAGAGACUGGAGUCACUUUUCUCUUGAGUCUUCAGUUUAAAAUGCAAGUACAAAUGCUUAGAAAUAUGUACCUGCUGCUAGAGAUCUCAUAGUAUAAAUCAGUGAAUUUUAAAGACAGAGGUAUUGUAAGAGAAGGUUAAACAGUGGUGGCUACUAUCUGUAUGACUUGUAACCUUACUUUCAGGACUAGGAGGGUGAAUGGGUUGCUUGCCUUGCAGCUCUGCAGACCCGAAUUCUGACAUACAUGCAUCGCGGAGGAGGAUGUCUUUGGUCAUUUUUGGUUAGUGCUUUGUCAUUUUUUUAUGUGAAUAACCUUCACUUUUACCAGCCUUUCUGCAGCGGUGCCUCAGGUCUAUUUGUGCUAUAUUCUAACUAGACCUGGUUAUAGCAAGUGCCCUUACCUGUAUCAGCCUUAAAAUUCACCAAAUGAAAUUUUCUUAUUGUAAAAUGUAAAAGAGAAGGGGUAGUAUAUUUUUAGUCUAACUGAAUCCUGCUGCUUUACCAUAGAAGAAGAAGCCUUUUGCUUUAGGAUAAUGAGUGUUGAUGUCUUAGAGAGUAAUAAACCAGGAGCUAUUUUUGCCUUCUGUUUUCCAGAAAAUUUUGUAUACUUUUGUUGAAUUUAAAUAAAUAUCCCAUACCACUCUGAAAA